AUGGCAACCCGUUCCCGGAGCACCGCUCGUCCCCAAUCCCCUCUCGAUCAAGGAGAGUUGGGACCCACUCUUCAGGCAACCGCCGAUGAGCCAAGGAGCCUUGAACCAGAGGUCUAUGGGGAAAUAUCCCUCAGCCGCGCAAUCUCCCUCCUCUUGGGAUUGCAAAACCAAGUCAUCCGGCUUGAGCGGGAACUCGAGGAAGCCAAGGAAGCCAACAAGGAAGCCCGAGACUGGAUGGGAACCGUCGACCAAGCCCUCACUCGCAUCGAGGCUAGAGGGGAAGCCCCACAAACACCAGAAGACCGGAAGCCCCCGGCAGUUGAGGCCACGCCCAGGCCCUUAUCAAAAACCAACCCUUUUCCAGCGCCUAGCGCACCCCUCAUUGCCUGGGCCAACCCCACAAGAGCUCCCCCCGCCUUCGCUCAACCAACCCCUGUCCGGGCUCCCCUGCGAGUCCAUACUCCCCCUGUACCUGCGCCUAUCCGGCCCCAAACCCCCCUUCAACCAGCGGCUCCUAUAGCCACAUAUCAAACCCCGGUCAAGGUAGAUCACCCUGACGCAUACACCGGGAAGAUAGGAAACAAAGCCCGCCAAUGGUUAACCCGGAUGUUGGCAUGGGUCCGCCUUAACCAGCGGAUGUUCCCCACAGAUCAGGAGACGUUGUCAUUCCUCCUGAUGAACAUGAAGGACGUGGCAGGAGCGUGGGCACACCCCCACCUUGAUCAACUUGGGUCCCACAGGGCCCUAAUUCAAACAGUCAACGAAUUUAGGACGGAGUUUUUGGCUGCAUUUGGUAACCCGGAUGCCACGCAAGCCGCUGAGCGGCAGAUCACUCACCUCACUCAGACAGGAUCCUGUGCUGAGUAUAUCACAAAGUUCAGGACCAUUGCCAUGGACCUGGACUGGAACGAUGCCGCCCUUCGUGGGCAAUUCGCACGUGGCCUCCACUGGGAGGUCAGCCGCCUCAUCGCCACCCAAGAGCGGCGCCCUACCACCCUCCUCGAGCUGCAGAAUGCGGCUCUGGUCAUUGAUAACGCCCUCCAAGAAGAGCGUGCCAGCCACCCGCCUAAGGGUAAUAAGCCUGGUGCCUCCACUACCACACCCAAUAGGGGGGCAAGUACCGGCCAACAGGCCACAAGACCAGGGCGCCUCUCCAGCGAUCCCAACUUUGUCCCUGAGGAGGAACGCAACCGCCGCAGGGCUGAAGGCCUCUGCAUCAAAUGCGGAAAAGCAGGGCACAAAUUUGCGGAAUGCCGCACUGGCUGGAAAGCCACGCCUAAAGAGGAAGGUGUCAAGAAAGAAGCCGCCAAGAUUGGCGAAGAAAAUGCGCCACUUUUUACAAUUCCAAUUCAACCAGAGAAAAAAGCGGAAACAAUAGAAGUCCUGAUUGAUUCAGGCGCCACAUCCUCAUUCCUCCACCCACGCACUGCCAAGGCAUUACGGCUUCCCCUAAUAGAUCUCCCUCAUCCUCGUACCGUUACUAUGCUCGAUGGGUCAAGCCCCCAGGCAGGCAAAAUCUGGAAGAAGGCCAACCUAACCUUCUCCUUUGAUGGCAAGAAAAUGACUGAGACCUUCCUUAUCUGCAAUACAGGGUCUCACGCCGCCAUCUUGGGAUUGAAAUGGCUAGACGCCCACAACCCAGAAAUUGAUUGGAACCAACGCACCCUCUCCUUACCUCAUGCCCCACCGGAACACGUGGCCAUUGCCGAAGAGGAGGAAGCUGACAAGAACCCCCUUGAAGGAGUACCCCCCAAGUACCAUCAAUACGCCAAGGUAUUUGGAGAGGAAGAAUUCAAUAAGCUUCCCCCCCACAGGCACUACGAUAUUGGCAUUGAACUCACCAAAGAAGGCCCCCUCAAUUCUCCCCUUUAUAGUAUGACAGAUGCUGAGUCCGCCACACUCAAGGACUGGCUCAGGGAUGAGUUGAAAGCAGGGAAGAUCCGCCCAAGCAAAUCUUCCAUCAGUUCCCCCGUUAUGUUUGUCCCCAAAAAGGAUGGUUCCCGCCGCUUGGUCGUUGACUACCGUUGCCUCAACAACCGGACUAAGAAGAACGUUUACCCGCUACCCCGUCCUGAUGACCUAAUGGCCCAGCUCCGCGGCGCCAAGGUAUUCACCAAACUGGACUUAAGAUGGGGUUACAACAACGUCCGGGUCAAAGAGGGUGACGAAUGGAAAACCGCCUUCCGCACCAAGUACGGCCUCUACGAGUCCCUGGUCAUGACAUUUGGUUUGACAAACGCUCCUGCUGCCUUUCAGCACUUCAUGAACAAAUUGUUCAAAGACCUCCUGGAUGUUUGCGUCAUCAUCUACCUUGAUGACAUCCUAAUUUACUCUAAGGAUGACGCAACACACACCCAGCACGUUCACGAAGUCUUACGGCGUCUCAUGGAAAACCAACUGUUCUGCAAAGCGUCAAAAUGUACUUUCCACGUGACCUCAGUAGAAUACCUUGGGAUCAUUGUUUCCGAUAAAGGGUUCAGCCUAGAUAAGCUCAAGAUCCAGGCGGUACAAGAAUGGCCGGUACCAACCAAGGUUAAGGAAGUACAAUCCUUCCUUGGGUUUGCCAACUUCCUACGCCGCUUUGUUGCCAAUUUUAGCCAUAUUGCCAGACCAUUACACAACCUGGUCAAAAAGGACACGCCGUGGAAGUGGGAAACCAAGGAGCAAGAAGCAUUCCAAGGGCUGAAGGACGCCAUCACUAACGCACCAGUACUACGUCACGCAGAUCCUUCCAAACCCUACUUCUUGGAAACCAAUGCCUCAGGAGCAGCACUAGGUGCCAUACUCAGCCAACGUCAGGAAGACGGCCGUCUCCAUCCGCUAGGCUUCCUAUCCGAGUCAUUCAAAGGUGCCGAGCAAAACUACGACACUCAUGACAAAGAACUCUUGGCAAUCAUCUGCUCUUUUGAGUAUUGGCGCAUUUUCUUGGAAGGAACCGCUCACCCUGUCACCGUAUUCACCAAUCACCGUAACCUGGAGUACUGGAAGGAGUCCCGAACAUUCAACCGUCGUCACGCUAGAUGGCACCUACUGUUAGCAGGGUAUAACUUCCAAAUUGUCUACCGCCCGGGAAAACAGUCCGGGAAACCUGAUGCCCUCUCACGACGUGCGGACCAUGCCGACAUUCCACCAGCCGCCCAAACCAUGCUUCCAGAGCCAGUAUUUGCCAAUGUGGCCCUAGUGAUCCCUGAAAAGGAGCUUCAACGCCAGAUUGAGGCCGCCCUGGACCAGGAUGAAUCCCUGGAGGAAAUACUACAAUUCCUCCAAAAUGAGUCCAAGGCACCCCCCUCCAUCAAACGCGCAUUCAAGGAUUACCAGAUGGAGGCAGGCCUACUAUUCUACCAAGGGCGAAUUGUGGUCCCUGACGUUGGAACUCUGAGAACGGACCUACUUUGCAUCUUCCAUGACAGCCCCUUGGCAGGACAUCCAGGAAGACAGCGUACCUUGGAAUUGGUAUCAAGGAACUAUUACUGGCCCGGCAUACGCGCUGACACAUACUGGCACGUUGAUUCCUGCAAAACCUGUCAACGAAUCUGGAAGCCCAAGUACGCAACCAUACCGCCCCAGCCAUUAGAACUCCCCUCACGCCCAUGGCAACAUGUGUCGUACAAUAUGAUAGUAGACCUACCAAAGGACGGAAGCAAUGACUCUAUCUUAGUUAUUGUGGACAGUUUCACUAAGUACGUUAUCCUGGUAGAAUGUUCCAAGAAGCUCAAAGCCCCAGAACUGGCGGACCUAUUCCUACGACACGUAUGGAAACGUUACGGCAUGCCUGAAAAAACGGUAUUGGACCGAGGACGGGUUUUUAACAAUAGAUUCCUGAAGGCUUUGUACCAACGCCUGGGGAUAGACCCCCACUUCUCCUCGGCCUACCACCCUCAGAGCGACGGGCAGACAGAACGCGUGAACCCAACGGUCGAGCAUUUCCUGAGGGCCUACUCUGGGAUAAAUCAGAAGGACUGGGUCAAGUGGUUGCCAAUGGCGGAGUUUGCCUAUAACAAUGCGGUACAUAGUGCAACAGGCAAAUCCCCAUUCAGGGCACUGUACGGAUGGGAACCCUCCUUAACCCCAAGUAACCUACCAACGGACGUCCCUGAGGCAGACAAAUUGGCAACACAGAUGGAAGCGCAAUGGCGGGAAAUAGAAUCCGCGCUCCGGCAAUCAAAAUCACGUAUGACAGCCGGAGAAACGGGAGAACCACUCGGGUUUGAAGUUGGAGAAGAGGUCUGGCUAGACGCCAAAAACGUGAAGCUGAAGACCCUGAGUCCCAAGCUGACGGAACAACGCCUAGGCCCCUUCAAAGUGACUGAGAAAAUCUCCGACCGCGCAUACCGCCUGGAACUCCCACCAUCCAUGAGAAUCCACGAUGUCUUCUACGUGGGGCUCCUGUCAAAAGUCAAAAGGGAUAAAAAACGCAACUUCGAGAACCGGCCCCCACCUGUGACCGUGGAUGGGGAAGAAGAAUACAAGGUUGAAGGAAUUACAGACAUGGAAGAAAGGAACGGGAAGUGGUUUUUUAGGGUAAAAUGGAAAGGCUACGGAUCAGAAGAGAAUACCUGGGAACCAAGGGAAAAUCUCAAAAACGCCGAAAAAAUCCUAGAAAAAUUUGAAAAAGAAAUGAAAAAGAAGGCCCUCGGCGCCGCCAAGGCCCUUAGGGGGGGCAGUGUUGUAGACACAUCUGAUACCAGGGAAUUUAUUCCCAUUUUCUCAAAUUUAAACGAAGACAAACGGAGAACAUUUUCGAUCACGUGA